CACUAGAAUCACAUUUGUUUACUAUGGGUAAUCUCGUAUGUAAAGAGAACGAUGCAUACUCUGAGUUCGUCGCCCUGAUGGACCGAACCUCGCAGUACACCGGCCAGAUGGUCGAUUCAAUGAGUUACUUGAAAGCCAAUCUAGAUGGUGUUGCAUCCAUCACCAGUGCGCCCCUAUCUAGGACACUCAACCUCACUGCGAUGGCAUAUACCCUUUUCAUGAACUACAGAGAUGUCGCUAUUGUUACGGGAACGAUGCCAUCACCCGUUACCAUUGGUGAAGAUCCAACUCCAUCGUACGAGAGGAUGGUAUCUGAUAUCAGAGCCUCUCCGGAACAGUUUCUCGAAGGUCUCAUGAACCGUCGGGCUCAGGACGUCUCGCUGUGGACACUUAAUAAAUUGCAUUCUAUUCUAGUGGACCCAGACUUCAACCCGGAUGCCCUCGCACAGUGGUGUUAUGCUGCCUCAGAGGUGUGCCAGUUUUUAGUGGUCAGCAACCAAGGCCGCAGAUGUAUACAAUUCGGCCUGGCAGUUGGCAACCACCAAACUCGGCCCGACGGAGCGUGACAUGAUCUCAGCAGGAGAGGAGAGUGACCAGAGAGUACUGUACAAUGCAACAUGUUCAUCUACUAGUUCAACAGAAGCAGAGUCGCCUCGGGCGAGUAAAUCUGCGAGUCCUGAAGUACUGGAGGCUGCUGAAGGGCUUGAAUGAAGUAACUACUGACCCGUACUGCUGUGCAAACAUUUUUCAUCUA